CCCAGCCUGAGUCUCCAUCGUCAUUUUAAAAGAUGACAAGUCUCGAAAGAAUGGAUGACUUCGUACUCGAUGAGUUAGUGGACUUCAUCCAGGCCUCGGACGAACUAGCACUGCCAGCAGCACUAACACUUGAAAGUCUGGACCCAAAUGGUCUAUUGGCAGAUUCUGGAUCUCUUCUAGGCUCAUCAAUUCCAGACUUGCUCCCUUUGGAGACCUUUCCAACGCUCAGCAAUAUAGCGCCAGCUCCUUCUAACGCUCAGAAAUCCAACAAACCAGUCGUAGCGACUGAGCAGCAACGGCAACGAUCGAAGGACGCCAUCCGUCGUAGUGAAUAUCGACAGCGUCAGAAGGCCGAAAAGGAAGCUCUACGUCGAGAAAUCGACGAAUUGUCGGCCAAACUGGACAAGUUACAGGACUCUGGGAGUUUGUCCCCGUCUACCGAUGUCGCACUGUCGAGUUGUUUGUGGAAAGCAAUUGCUAGUCGCCAGAAGCAACACAGAGAAGCUGCUGAGCAGGAACAGAGUCAUCUUCGAGCAGCCAUCUCCUCUCGAGCCACGUUAAUCGAUGAUCUGUGUGGGUUCUUGAAGAAGCGUGUUCACGACGGAUCAAUCACUAGCGGCGAGUUCGGAGACACACCUCGAGUGCAAAAGAAAAUGCGUCUGGAACCUACAGAUUCCACACUAUUUGAGACGUUCAUUCAGGAGCUUCACACAGUUUACUUACAGACGGACGAAGUUAUCAAUGCAUGCGAAAUGGCAGAGACUCCUUCCAUCACCAAACACAAGGAUGGAGCAACGGAAUACUACCAGCACGCAGAGCGACAAACAAUGCCGUUUAAAUUCAAACAGACCUGCAAUUCGGUAUGGCAUUUGGCUCAACUCAAGCACCGACAAGAAGACCGAGAGAUCUACGAAGGCGUAGAGAAUCCAGAGAAUACUAUGGCCAUGAAAUUUCGCGUUACAAGUCGUCGAAUGGGCGAAACUGUGUCGCUACUACAGCGCGUUGUGGUUCGUCGAUACCAGGAGAUCAACCGCGUUGUAGUCGUGUGGAAAGUGUUUACAGAAGGCGAGGGAUUGUUCCGAGGUAUGCACUCGGACGAAACUGGAUGGGGCGUCAUUCGACCAUCCACAACUAGUGACGCUACGGGGACGAUUCUUGACACUUGUUUCCGGAAUGUACCGAUGCACUUUAGUAAUUCCUCGACCUGCACACCCGUCGUCAAUGAGUUCACAGACAUGGUCGUGAAUACGGGAGAGGAGGAGAACAAAACAGUUAUGCAGGCGCUGGAGAAGAUGCUGCUUGAUGACGCGCUAGCAAAUGUGAUGAGUUAGAAACCUGGAUAUUCUAAAAUUCUUACUUUGGACUUUCAAAC